AUGAAACUUAUAUCUACAGCCACUGUCACUGCUAUUCUCUCCACACUCGUCCAAGCUACCUUUUCAAAUUCCUUGGUCGAUCUCGGCAACUUGGGUGUCUCUCCCGGCAACUCCAGCGGUGGUAACCUGGAGCCUCCAGGAACCACACGAAUAUCCGCACUCGCUGAUUUAAACGGUGAUCAAUUCAUCGAUCUAAUCUCUAUCGACAGCAGCAACAACUCCAUUUCCACUUAUAUCUGGGAUCAUUCUGCCAAAUCCUUCAAAAUCUCUAGUACAGCCACUUCCCCUUUUCCCCUCGACUCGCUCAUUCCAACCGACAUUGACGGUGAUGGGCUCAUUGAUCUCAUCGCUGUCGGUAGUCCCGACGACAAUCAAAUUAAGAUGUCCCUCUACCCUGGCCAUGGCGAUGGCUUUGAUACCCACUCCCCACUUCCCAGUAUUCGCUACACACAGCCCACUUUCCUCGACGCGUACGGCGACCUCUCUCCCGACUACAUCGGUUACGCCUACGCAGAUGACGCAAACACCGACACUGACACGCUCUCCCUCUUUCGCAACCACAAUGGCUCUUUGUCUUCCUCUCCUCUCAAUUUCGACGGCCAGCCUUGCAAACUUACGCAGAAACACUCUAACGCUUUCAUAGACCUUGAUGGCGAUUGUCUGGCUGACGUUUUCUUGUUGUGCGAUGAAAGUACUGAUAAAGAUAACAAAGACACAGCCUUCCAAAUUUGGCGCAACAAUCCAUCUAACAACACUUUCACCCUACAUUCACACACUCCACUACCACCUAACAGCGGUCUGGUAACAUUCGCCGACUUUAACCGCGACGGGACACUCGACAUGGUUUUCCCGAGCUGCGCCAGUGUGGAUGGAAAUGGUGUUGGGCGGGAGUGUCACAUCAAUGUGUGGUUCAAUAAGCAGAUGCCGCUAUGUGUCGACAGCAGGAGUUUCGACGCUCUCUUGCACCCCUCCCUCUUCAGCAAAAACGGGGACCACACUCGCUGCCGCAAUCCCUCCGAUCUUUGUGUAGCAGAUGAAAAGUUUGUGCUCGACAGCACCAAUGCGCUGUCAGUCUCUGUUGAUGAGCUCACCAAAGGUAAUGCGACACUACGCAUGGAGUGGCUCAGCGAGGCAAAUGCCCACUCACAACCCCUGCUCCUACGCCUCGGCGACUACAAUCUCGACAGUUUCCCCGAUAUACUCGCACUGCUGCACUACGACGACGGCAGCGACCGCGGGGCGAUACUAGAGAAUACAGCGGUCUCUGAUGGCCAAGUGACAGAAGCGGGUGGGCGCACAAUAGAGUUGCGCGACGGGUCCAAGUAUGCAGCACUGCACAACAUUACAGAUGCACGCGUUGUCUCGUGGCUCGAUAUAGAUGACGACGGCACACUUGACGUCAUGGUACAGCGCCAGCACGGUCUCACUUUCAUCCAGAACAACAUGCCCAAUGACGCCUUCUUCCUCAAGACACUCCUUCUCAAUGGCGUAUGUGACACGUAUUGCCAGGACGUGAGGCUAUAUGACGACACACAUGGGGGCGAUGGCGAGGGUGAAGGUGACACUGCACUGUAUAAACCUUUUAAACCAUUCGGCGCUGCCCUCCUCGGAGGUAGUUACAAACUUACCAUUCUGGAUACGGCUGGCAGACGACAUGCGGCGCAGUUCGCUCAGGUCCCCUCUACCGCGUCUGAUGCUCUCUACACGCCUUACUCAUUCACAGGCGUAGGCCGAACGAAUAACUACAUAGAAAAUUUACACGUCGGGAGCACGUUCAAGGACACCUCCCAAACUCUGGACAACUCUCACAAGGUCAACUUUGAAGGUAUCAUACCUAAUGCUCAAGUAGUCAUCACUCCCAAGACAAAUGAGCACUCUUGGCAUAUUGAGAUGUAUCUCAAAAAAAAUAAGUGGGUCCCUUUCGUCGCUAUCGUCGUUAGCACCCUAUGUCUCAUCCUCGGCGCUGUCGUCUUUGCGCUGCACGUGCACGAGAAGAAGGAGGACCAAGUGGAGCGUCGGAAGGAGAGCCACCACAUAAAUUUCCAAGCGUUGUAA